CUCAAUCUCAAACAUUUCCGGGUUAGCAAGUUGAACUUUGAAACCAAAACAAUCUCUACGAAAUUGGCAAUUUUGACACAACUGUGAGGAUAUGCAACAAAUAUUAUUUGUAGUGAGAAUAUGUCAUCAGUAGAGCUAUCAGAUGACGUCUACAGUAGCGAGGAUGAGGAUGUUGUACUGGCCAAGAUGGAAACAUACUCCGGACUUCCCGGAAGAACAUCCUCCAUGACGGGCACUGUGCAAGAUCCAAGCAAAACAGCUACAAAGAUGCUGCAUUCAGAGACUUCGGUUGCCAAGGUAACCAUGAGUGGAGGUGUGAUGCGACAGGGCACAAAUUUGUAUGAUACAGACGAGUCCGAGGAUGAAGACAUAAUGAAAAACUUGACUGAAAACAUGAAAAAUUCUAACCCCAACAGGACCAGUUCAAUUCUGUCAAGAAAGAGCACUGGCAAAACGUCUUCCGACUCUAUGACAUCGUCUAUGAACACUAUAAAGUCUUCCAAAACUGGAUCCAUUAAUUCAUUAGGUGCUUUAUCGGACUUAACCACAAAUGGUGAUCAUGAAAGAACCGGUGAUAAAACGGCUGUUAUAAAUGGCAGAAUAGGGAAUCGGCAAAGCUCCACUGGGUCAGAUGUGGAUUCAGAGGCACAGUCAAGUUAUAAAGACUCAAGGUUUAACCCCUUUGACAGGGAUUUACACGUGGAAGAGGACCACUUUGAGGACGACAGAUUUGACCAAGAAUCAGGGACCAAUACAGGGAGAUUAAAAUCAGACUCAAAUGCGAGUUCUUCGUCGACGCAGCCGAAUGCCCGAACAUCACAGAGCAGUGAUGACGUCACCUUUGCCGACCUUGGACUCUCUGAGGACCACUUCUCGCAACCAGAGGGGUAUUUUGGUAUGAGCGGCUCAGAGGAGCUGGAGUUGGCCAUCGACACCUGUAAGGACCUGAUUCUACGCGCCACCAAAGACUCGGACAAGCAGAAAAAUCUUGUACGAAAACUCAUACAGCUACGCAUGAAAUUACAGGAACUUAGGGAGGGACCAGAACCAGUGAAGGAAGGAGUCAAGCUUGUUGUAGGUCACAAGUUUGUGUUGAACUCAGGGGCCGGCUCAAAACAUUACUGCGAGAGAUGCAAUGCUGUGAUAUGGGGAGUGCUCCAACAAUGGUACAAAUGCUCAGAGUGUGGAUAUUGCGCCCAUGAAAAGUGCCUUAAUCAGAUUACACGGAAAUGUGCUUGUGUGCGGGUGCAGGAGGACCCGAGCUACAAUCUUGCCAUCUGUGAAGAAAGAGGCCUCUCUGUCCAAAACUACCGCUGUGCUGAGUGCCGCGCAGAGAUUUCAUAUAAGUCGGGAUUCAGUGAGCCGCGACUGUGUGACUACUCAGGUAGCUACUACUGUGAGCUGUGUCACUGGAAUGAUAACAUGCUCAUGCCGGCCAGGGUUCUCCACAACUGGGAUUUUGAGGAAUGGAAGGUGUGUCGUGCCUCAAAACAGUUCCUGAAGCUGAUGGAGACACGGGCAGUGAUACGGAUACAGGACAUAAACCCCAUGCUGUUCUCCUUUGUCGAGGAGCUUAACCAGGUCAAGAAACUGCGUGAGGAGCUGUUGAUCAUGAAGAAGUACAUUCUGCGGUGUGGGACAGCCAUGCAGCUUAAGUUGCUGCUUGAUCUGCAGACCCGCCAGCACUUUGUCGAGAGUUCCGACGUAUACUGUAUGCGGGAUCUUAUUGACGUUCAGCAUGACACAUUGCUACCGGAGCUGGCCCAGGUUCACUCAAGCUGGGCCCAGCACAUCAAGACUGACUGUGAGUCGUGUCGAGGGAAGGGGUUUGUGUGUGAGAUUUGUAAGGUGGACGAGAUCCUGUUUCCUUUCGACAACAUCGCAGUAGUCUGCCCAGAGUGUUCACUUGUGCUGCAUAGGCACUGUUUUGCAAAGAGAAAUGGCGCAUGUCCCAAGUGUGAACGACUGAAUAAACGUCGUAAUAACUAGGCGUGCAAUAGAAAAUAGAGAAGUGACCAAAAUACCCAAAUAAAUACCAGUUAAGUUAAUCAAUUUGAAUAUUUCACCUGUUAAGUUUGUAAUUGAUAACCACAUAUGAAAUUUAAGCACAUACAAUUCUGACUGGAAUAGAUUUACAGUACUGGAAUUUGGACAAUAUUGUUUUUUUAGCUUGCAGGUAUGAAGAAUGAAUUGUCUCAUUUGUGAAAUGACCGUCAUAUUUAUGUUAUGAGAUUCAUUUUAACUUAAUCAUUUUAUUUACAUUUUAAUUCUGUAGUGUUUUAAAUAUUUUUAUAUAUAUUUUAUACUGUAAUUUAUGCUGACAAUAGUUUUACAACACUAUUCAGCAUUAAAUCACUGUUGAUGUUGCACAGUUGUAUUUUCUGAGCCUAAAAACGAAGAUUGGUGCUAAUAGAAUGCUUUCAAUGACAUUGUACAGAAUGACGGGUGUCGAAAAAUAUGUAGCUCAGAAUAUAGCAAAUUUAUGCAACAAAACUUAUAAGCCCAAUUGUUCAGAAGUUUGUUAAAGUUAACAAUGUGAUUAACGACAUCGUUGUUAACUUCUAAAUAUGAAUUUUUUAUGAUGAGCUUAAAUAUUUAAAUAAAACAGGUACAGCCUAAAAAGUUGUAUCAAACCUUCUUAGAAAUACUGCCGAUCAUAAGUGUAUCCAUUUAACUUCCAGAGCAGUAAAGAUUUGAAAGUUAACAACAAUGACGUUAACAAUGUUGUUAACUUAACAAAGUUCGGAACCAUCGACCAAUAGAUAUAUGUCUGUUUAUGAGUGUAAGCUGUCUCCAUUUGAGGAGAGCUUUAACAACCUUGUUUACUUCAACAAAGUUCAGAACGAUGGGCCCAUAGUUUUAUGCAAGUUAAUGAGUGUAUGACUGCCUCCAUUUGAGGUUAGCUAACAAACCGUCAAGUCCAUAGCUUAACCAAAUUGAAUGGUGAUAUCUUCUCCAACUGAUCUUGUGUUACAUUAAGUGUAUUUGUAAGAACAUAGAUGGUGAAUGGGAACUAGAUAAUGAAAGGGUGUUGAUAUUUUGACAGUGUAUGUGUGCUAACUCAGUUUGAAUGAAUGUGUUGAAACAUUGAUGUUUCUUAAACCUUGUGAUAUUUCAUAGUUAUUUUUGUUACUGAAAUAAAGGCAAUAAAUUAUACAAACUA